ACGUACAACAAUAAACAUUGUAAACGUUAGUGGUUCAAGCAAGCAACUGACGGUUCUGUCUGUGGCUUGAAGAAAGACAUUGGGUCUUUUGCUCAUGGAUCAUCAUUAUUUCUUAUUGAAACUAGAAGUCUCACGAGGCGCCCAACGAUCCCAACUGGAUUUCUCUCUUCUCUAUCUGACCAACAACGUUACCUUUGCGCUCAAGAACCUCUUUGGCGAAAUUGGAGCUGCAGUUCCCGUGGAAGUGAUCAAAUUCUAUCCCAAAUCCUCUCAAUUGAUAGUUCAGUGUCCUUCAGAUUGGGCGGUGAAAGUAAGGGCGUCUCUCUCAUUACAGUCUUCAUAUCAAGGCCAAAGUUGCGCCUAUCAAGUGAUUAAGGAUUCCGCCACUUUGUUGAGCCUGGCUCAAUAG